GGCUACUCCCCUGCGGAGUUGCUUCAGGGACGGGAUCUCGCCCUCCCAGGGGAACUCCGGGUAGCGGGCGCUGCUGAACGAGUGCUUCAAAUGCCUGUCGCCGAAAGACGGGAGGAUGCACGCCGGAAUCAGGCACAGUUUGGAGCCACUCAUACCCCUCAGACCACUCACCCACCCCUGCCAUUGGAGCCGGGGCAACAGGUGUACGUCCGAUGUCACCACCUUUCCUCCAGAGGCAAGAAGUUUUGCGCAAGCCUGGCCCCUAAAUGGUCCGAACCCCGUGAGGUAGUGAAGCGACUCGGGCCUACCACCUACGCGGUCACAACACGGAGUGGAAGAGCCGCCAAGGUUCACCGAGAUGAUCUCCGGUUAGUCCACCCUAAGGUUGGUCCGGGACACCUACACAAUGGUCCACAGAGGACAAGAAGGACAUCAGACAAACAUCAAUUCCCCCCAUCACCUCUCGCGGCGACAUCAGACACAGAUCAUGCAACCAUAGUAUCACCAAGCCCAAUGACACCAGCCACAGGUCAAUUCCUCCUGUCACAGGCCAUGCAGACGGCGAAUGCGCAAUAUACUUGCUCGUCGCCCGAGCCCCAGGCAAGCAGGGCCACGAUGCCCGAGCUGGAGCACAUGAUGAGGCGCUUGGGUUACUGGGACUAUCUGGGGUUAACGGCAUCUGCCGUUACCCAGGGCAUGUCCCCCCCUAAAUGGCCAGCGGAUGCGAGUCUGGAGAGAUCGACAUUUUCAGUGCGGGUUGACGAGCCUGAGUCCACAGGGGCAGACCAGCGAGGCGACGGGCAACCCAGCCAGGAGGAUGGAGGAGUGACCAUCGUCCCUCUCGUUGAGGCCGACGACACAGGGAAAGCACCGCCUGUACCCAACCAAGCUGAGCCAGACGCCACGUCACAAACUCAGGUGGUGCGGCGAUCGACCCGGCCUCAUGUCCCCCCUGUCAGGUUCGGGGGGAAUGAGGGGUACCAACCACCACUAGGGGCCCGUGCUGGGGGCCGCACCAACCCUAGACAGAACCUUUCCCCGGAUACACACCACUGCUCAAUGAUGAGGCAUCUACUGCAUAUCGCCCGGCCCAACUCCACUACAUCUACCAACACCUCUCAGACACAGUGCUCUCCAGAGAACUUACAGUCUACCCAGGGAGGAAAUGCCCCGAGGCAAUGCGUGUGAUGGGGGCUUCGAGGGGCAUAACGGCCAUGAUGUCGUCCCAGGUGCUCCCGUGGCUCGCACAGGUCGUUAUGCCACCUCGGUGCCUCACCGGUCAGCGUGUGUGGUCGGUGGUAGUGUCUCGAACGGGUGCAGGUCGAUUGUCAUGGAGAGCGGAGAUCGACUCGAGCCCUAACGGGACCUGCUAGGACGCGCCAGUUGGCCUUCACCCCUCGGCGCGAGCAGUCGUGUGCGACUCGCGAAGUUCGGCGAUCGGUGUUCGUGUGCGGACCGGACAGUCGUGUGCGUGCCGACAACGUUAGUCGUGUGUGUGGUCCAACCACUCCUGCCUGCCACGUGGCGACGUCACGACCACCGAGAGACGGAGUCUCGUGCUGUGAACUAGCCCACAGCAACCACCCCUGUUAAUGGUUAGUUGGCGCCCUCAGACACCACCCAACCACGCAUCAACAUCGGCAGGACGACAAUUGUUACUUAUGGUUUUCAUUAUUUUCUUUUGAUAAUCUCAGAAAUUACAAAAUUACACUGAUCAGAAUUAAUGGGUGGCCUCGGCCAUUUAAAGUUAUCAAUUACAAAUUAAAUUCUACAAAUUUAACAAUCAUGUUUUUACAAAAACAGGGUGUCUAGCGACCGGGAAAACCGGGAAAACCGGGAAUUGUCAGGGAAUUUUGAGUGUCAGGGAAAUGUCAGGGAAAAGUCAGGGAAUUUUUAAAAAACACCUGGAAUUUUUUUUUUUGCUGUAGCUUUAAAAUAGUUUAGGUAUCUCACGGAAGAUUAGUUUUAAACAUUUCUGCUGUCACGGUAAUUUACUUAUAAUUAUUGACAUUUCGAAGAAACUACACUUUUCAAAGUAGCUUUGUUUUACGUUGGAUGUUACCGUCUGCAAAACAGUUGUUUUCUUUUUCGAUAACAUCGAGGUUAGACUUCUAAGAUAGAUCGCAAUAUAGUUUAUAUCGAUUUAUCGACUGCGUGUUAUACCUUCUACAUCUCGGUUUGUUUUCGGUUGUUUUGGUCGUUUCCUGGCUAGCCAAGCCACGCCGUCACAAUUUUUAGCUUGCAUUUAUUGUACUUGUUUCUUUCGUUUUAUUUAUUGUGGUUAUUUAUUUUGGUGAAUUGAGGUUACGUACUUAUAGUCAUGCAUUGAUAAUUAUCUUGUUACUUUCUAUCUAGGCGGCAACUACAACCCAGUGCGUUAAAAUGCUACGGUUUUUCUCCAUGCUUUCGGUCUUAAAAAUGAUUUCGUAAAUUUUUUUUGUUAUUGUUUAUAUCUCUUUUUAUUCGUGUUAUAAACCUGGAUCGUUACGGAGGCCUAAUGGUAGUUAAUUAUACUUAGUUUCUCGACGAUCUGCUUUGUUUAUUUAACAGCUCAAGGUGUCAUGCCGCCUUCAAAAUUUAGAAAAACGGUAUUCAGAGCUGAAUGGAGCCAGGACCCAAUGUAUGCGUGGGUGAAGGGUAUUGAAAUAAAUCCCUAUUCUGCAUGGUGUGAUGUGUGCAAGCAAAAGUUUGAGCUUAGCAACAUGGGGAAACAAGCUCUCACAAGUCAUGCGUCUGGGGCUAAGCAUAGAAAAAGAUUACAGGCAGCCAGUAAAUCGGUCCCAAUUACAAUUUUUUGCAAGACAGGGCUAUCAAAAACAACUUCGCAAGUAAAGUCAACAGAUGUACCUGAAGUAUCAUCAGAAUCUAUUCAGAAUUCAUCAGUUUCUGAGGGUUCAAAGUUAUCACCAUCACCUAAUGUACUGAAGUUGUUAGAAAAUGCAGUUGCUGGCUCAGCAUGCUCAUGUAUUUGCACAUGCACAUCUGUAGAAAAGAAAUCAAAGUUAUUGAAAACAUAUUUGUUGAAUGAUAAUGUGACAAGAGCAGAGGUCAUGUGGUGUUUGUUUUGUGUAACAUCACAUAACUCGUUACGGAAUGCUGAAAGUAGUGUUUCAAUCCAGCGCAAGAUGUACCCUGACAGCAAUAUUGCAGCAAAAAUGAAAUUGAGCAAAGCAAAAGUAUCUUACACUAUUGUUCAUGGCUUGGCGCCACAACUCGAGCGAGAUCUAAAAGCUGCUAUAUCAAAUUGUUCACAUAUUGUCAUCGGUUUUGAUGAAAGUUUAAAUAAGGUUGUGCAAAAACAGCAGAUGGAUUUAACGGUGCGGUAUUGGGACGAUGUCAAGAAUGUGACUUGUACUCGCUACUUAACCUCUGUUUUCUUGGGUCACUCAACUGCAGCAGAUUUACUUUAUGCAUUCAAAAGUGCGUUAACUUCUGCUCUUUUACACAAGAUACUUCAAGUGUCUAUGGAUGGUCCGAAUGUGAACUUACGCUUUUUAAAAGAUCUAAGAGAAGAUUUAAAAGAAGGCCGUCCACAUGAAGGUGUAAUUUUGGAUAUUGGCACUUGUGGUCUGCAUUCAUUGCACUGUGCUUUCAAGACAGCAAUGAAAGGAACAGAAUGGGAAAUUAUUCCAUUUUUACGUGCAAUUCACAAUCUUUUUUACAAUAUCCCUAGUCGUCGUGCAGAUUUUAUCCGCAUAACAGGAUCAGAUUUGUUUCCUUUGAAAUUUUGUGCAGUUCGUUGGUUAGAUAAUGUGUGUGUAGCAAACAGAGCCUUGAAAUUACUGCCCUAUUUGCUCAAAUACAUUCAGUCACUUUGUUCAAAGUCUGAACCAAAGUGUGCAAGCUUUAUGGUAGUUAAGAAUGCUCUUCGUGAUAAAUUGCUUGGUCCUAAACUUGCAUUUUUUUCAUCUGUGGCAUCUGAAAUUGAACCUUUUCUGAAAGAAUUUCAGACCGAUAAACCAAUGGCUCCUUUUCUUUAUUCAGAUUUUUGUGCUGUUGUUAAAAAUCUUAUGAUAAGGUUUGUCAAACCUGAAGUAAUUGAAUCAAAACCCUUGUCUGCGAUUGAUUUAUCAGGAACAAAUCUUAUGUCUCACAAAAAUGUUGACCUGGGUUUUGGAACAAAAGCAGAAUUGCGUUCUGAAAAGAACUUAACACAGAAAGACAUUGAGUUAUUCAAGCAUGAAUGUUCUAAGUGCCUACAAGAACUUGUGAAGAAGAUUUUGAAUCGCUCUCCACUUACUCUCAGUUUGACUAGGAGCAUUUCAUUCAUUGACCCUUCAGUAGUUUGUAUUCCAAAUUUGGCAAAUAAGAGACUGGCAGCUGCACUAGAACAUUUUGUAUGCAAUAACCGGAUUUCUGGAGUGCAAGCUGAUAAAAUUUGUAGAGAAUUCAAGCAAGUGUGUGCUGUAAAGUUAGUGCAAGAAAAUGUGAAGAUAUACACACGCAGUAAAUUUCGCCUUGAUCAGUUUUGGUUUGAUCAGUUGAAAAUUUGUUCAUUUGAGGAAACAAAAAAUUUGGCAUCUUUCCUGAAGAUGAUUUUCAUCUUUUCACAUGGCAAUGCUGCUCUGGAAAGAGGAUUUUCUGUGAACAAGGAAUGUCUGGUGGAAAAUCAACAAGAAAUAUCUCUCGUAGCUCAAAGGAGAAUUCAUGAUAGUGUCUCUGCAGCUGGGGGAAUUGAUGAUUUCCCUGUAACAAAGCAGCUUAUACAUGCAGCUCGUAAUGCACACUCCAACUUUAAAGACUAUUUGCAAAAGCAGAAGGAGCUUUCUCAAGAAAAAGCAGAAACUAACAUCUUGAAACGUAAAAUUGCUGCUGAACUUGCAGAGCUUCAGGCAAGAAAAAAGAAAAUUUUAGAAGAUGCCCAAAAUGAAAGUGCAAUUCUUGAUUCUCGAAUAGAAGCUCUUAAAACGUAGUGCAGUGAUAAUAGACCCCAUUUUGUAGUGUUUAGGCCUACUAAAUUCAAUCAUUAUUUUCACAAAAAGACCUAAGUUAUUAAUAUUUAUGCUAUAAUUUUAUAUUUCUUUAAGAUCCAUGUCAUAUAUGUUUAUAUUCAUUUAUAUGUACGUACAGCUACAAUUUACUAUAUAGAAGUUUUUUUUAAGAUUAAUGAUGCAAUUUUGUGAAUUUGAAGACUGUGUUUGGAGACUGGAAACUGUUUUUGAGACAGGAUUUGAAGGUUAAUUGUGUAUCAUAUUCUUAUAAGCAGAACACAUCUUGACAUUUGGAUAGUUUUAUUGUGACUGAAUGUAGCACUUCAAUAAAGAGGUGAGUCUAAACUUUUUGAGCAAUGAAAAUUUAAAUUUAAUUAGAAUACAUAUGUCUGUGUGUCUGUCUUAACAUUGUGUAUCGUAAGUCUGUGUGCAUGGUUCAUAAAAUAAUUGAGAACCAAAAUCAAGUAAUACUACUGUAUUUAAGUUGGCGAGUUAAUUGUUUUCACAUGUGGUAUUUAUUAUUAUUUUUAAGUAUGUCUGGAAAAUUUUCAAUUAGUCUGGAAAACCUGGAAAUGUCAGGGAAUUUUAAAAAUGCUUGGCACUAGACACCCUGAAAAAAUAACAAAUAAAUUUAAUUAAUAAAUUUAAACAUUUGUUAGCCCAACCAGUGCGGGACUAUAUAUAAUUUGAUUUCACUAUAUUUAUUAGUUGACUGUUCACUGGCGGCGACUAGAAGCGGGAGGUCGCAGCACUCACUCCAGAGGACAGGCGUGCAUUCAGUAGACUUCAGGGAUGGGUCUGCGCUCUCGCACCAUCUCUUCGGCCCAUUGGGGAGGUCCAGUGGUCAAGAGUAGAAAUUGAUGUGUGAAGCAACAAGAA